UUGUGAUGCCAACGCCUCUGGCGGCGAACACUAUUGUUCACUGUUGUUCAAGGAAAAGAAAACAAACGCAGCCUUCCUGGGUAAUUUUCAGCAAAAUCUCUGGGAAAAAGUGAGAAUUACCUUACCAAAGUGCUAAAAGUAAAAGAGUAAAAAAAUCAUACAGAAAAAUGAGUGAACCUAGUACAUCUAAGGACUCUGGCGUGACAAAAACCGCAAUGGUUUAUGUUUGUGGAGAAUGCCAUCAUGAGAACGACAUGAGACCUCGGGAUCCCAUCCGAUGCCGUGAAUGUGGCUACAGGAUUAUGUACAAGAAGCGCACAAAGAGAUUGGUUGUUUUCGAUGCACGCUAGUUCCCAGAGAGAUUUCACGAUAUUUUAUUGUAUAAUCCUUCCAAAUAAAGUAAUAGGUACAAUCUUG